AUGCUCCAACACCUGCCACUGGAGCUCGUCGCACAGGUCGCAGACAUCCUGGGCGAGGCCUCGCUCGGCAACCUCAUCCCGCUCGCCCAGACCAGCCGCCAUACGCGCCUCUCGGUGCUGCCCGCCCUCUACUCGUCGAUCGCCAUCUACAGCCGCACGCAGCUCGAGCGCUUCGCCUCGCUCCUCGGCCAGCUGCCGCGCGGCUCGCCCCUCGAUCCGGCAACUCGUAUCCGCUCGCUCCGCCUCGGUCCGCGCGACACGCUCGCCUCGGCGUCCGAGACGUCGCACUACUUUUCCAGCAUCAGCUUCUAUAGCGGCGGCGACGACGGCAGCAGCGACGACAGCGGCGCCGCCGAUGGACAUGACGACACCGACGACGGCGACAACGACCGAGUCGACCGGCGGUGGCUGCUGACGGCGCGCAUCCUCGAGCGAUGCAGCUCGUUGCAGGACCUCGUCAUCUGGGAUGGCCUGCUUGGCGAGCCCGCGCAGGCAUCGAAAGCGGGUUCACGCCGGGCGACGGGCCUGUGGGCACUCCACCCGGAGGCGCGGCUGCAGACGCUGGCGCUGCCGUUCCUGUGGCGGGGAGGGGCCAGCCUGCCGUCCCCCUCACUGCUGCCCGCCCUGUCGGACCUGACGCAGCUCGACGUCGUCAACUCGGGCCUGACGACGCACGACAUCCGCAUCCUCUCGCACUACCGCCGCCUCCGACUGUUCCGGUGGUACUACCGUCCCUUGGGUAUGACGGAGCUCGAGCUGCUCCUCGAGACGCUCAAGCGGGGCUGGAGGCAGCAGCAGCAGCGCGAUGCCACCGCAGCGGCGGGCACGCCGGCGCACAUCCCGGCCAUCGACGACCUGGACGUCUACAUCGUGGCCAACAGCGGGAUGCUGGCGCAGAUCGAGGGCUACCUCGUCUCGCAGACGCCCGGCUUCGUCUUCGUCGACCCGUACCUCGCCGUCGUCUCGCCAGACUCGCGCGUGCCCUCGCCCGAGCCGCCGCGGCGCACCCUGCCGCCCCAGACGUGGAUCUCGACGGCCGUGACGUGGUUCCACGCCCACCGGCUCAUCUUUGAGCGCGUCCGGUGGAAGCGCGCCAUCGAGGCGUGGGAGGCCGAGUGGCAGCUCGAUCCGGAAGCUUCCGACGACGAGGAUCGAGGCCGAGGCGGUCGGGGCAAGGCGAGCCGUGAGGACGACGGCGGCGGCGACGGUGGUGGCGAUGUCGAUGACGCCGUCGCCGUCGCCGCCGACGAUGACGGACUGCCCUUUGGUCGCGGCCACGCGGUACGGCGCGAUGCGCGGCAGGAUGAAAUCGAGCAGGGCCUCGAGACUCUGUUGCUCUCUCAACUGGCGGAUCUCUGA